ACUCACAUUGAGAGAUACAAAGUUGUCUCUCUGACAUAUACCUAGCUGCUCGAUAACUCACCAAACUAUUGGAUUUCAAUGGAGAAAUUAGAUAAACGGAGGGAAGAAGAAACUUAUCUAUGGAUUCCAGUUCAGUUUCUCGACCAAGCUCUCAUAGCUGUCUUGAAAUGUAUUGGUCUUCUUUGUCAGCCAGCGAAGAAAACUGCGCCGUCUCCGGUAACUUUUAACCAGCCGGAGGAACAAGAGGAAGACUAUGGUGUUGCUCUGAAAGACGAUGAUGUCGUUGUGUUGCUUAGGGACAACAAGGCCAAAUCAAAGAAAAGGGAUAAAGAAAAGCCUAGUUCAGGUCGUCCUGGCCAAACUAAUAGUGUACCCAACGCGGCAAUACAAGUUUAUAAGGAGGAUUAAGAAGUCAAAAAUUGAGUCGAAAAAUCCAAGAGGCCAAUGAGUCAGUCAUUGCUCCUUUUUUUUUUUUACUCAAACUUCUAUGAAAAACUCGUACGUAGUUUAUUUUGGUUUCCUCAUUUUUCAAGACAGCAAAAUUGACCAGAAUGUAUAUACUUUUGAAUCGGAACUAAUUGUUGAAGACGUAUUAUUCUUGAUCAAAGCAUGCAUAUAUCUAGUACAAGUUAAUCUGACUUGAAUACUUGAUUUGACAAUUUCUACCACACUUUG